GUGUUGAUGCACUAAAAGAUGAUAAACAAGAUUCUAAGGUUCAGAUAACCGAUACCUCAUAUGAAUAUGAUACAAAUUUGAACGAAAUAAUAGAAAAAAUAUGUUAUAUAUAUCAAGAAGAAGAAAUGAAAGGACAUUUUGGUAUUGAUAUUAUUAACUUGAUAGAUCGAUUUUUAACAAGCAAGCAACAAAAUCCAGAG